CCCGCGCCUCUGGGCACCAUGCUCUGGCUCCUGCGGCUGCUGCUCUGGCUGCUGCUGCCUCCCCCCGGCUCCCCCGAGCCUCCCGAGCCCCCGGGCCUGGCCCAGCUGUCUCCGGGGGCGCCUCCCCAGGCCCCGGACUUGCUCUACGCCGACGGGCUGCGAGCCUACUCGGCCGGGGCUUGGGGACCCGCCGUGGCGCUGCUCAGAGAGGCGCUGCGGAGCCGGGCAGCGCUGGGCCUCGCCCGGCGGGACUGCGGGGCGAGCUGUGCCACCGAGCCCGGCGCCGCGCUCCCCGCCCAGCCCCUCGGCGCCCCGCAGCCCGUGUCGGGCUCCGGGACCUGGGAACCGCUGCUCCUGCGCGCCACGCUCCGGCGCGCCGAGUGCCUGACCCAGUGCGCGGCGCGGAGGCUGGGCCCGGGGGGCGCGGCGCGGCUCCGCGUGGGGGGCGCGCUGCGGGACGCCUUCCGCCGACGGGAGCCUUACAACUACCUGCAGAGGGCCUACUACCAGCUGAAGAAGCUGGACCUGGCAGCCUCGGCAGCUCACACCUACUUCGUGGCGAACCCAACACACUUGCAGAUGCGGGAAGACAUGGCCAAGUACAGGAGGAUGUCUGGGGUUCGACCCCAGAGCUUCCAGGACCUGGUGACGCCCCGAUACUGGGCAGCCUAUGACACUGGCCUGGAGCUUCUGGGGCAGCAGGAGGCAGCACCGGCACUGCCCAAGCUGGAGGAGGCCCUCCAGGGCAGCCUGGCCCAUGUGGAGAGCUGUCGUGCUAGCUGUGAGGGGCCUGAGGAGCAGCAAGGAGCUGAAGAGGAUGAGGAGGAAGGGAGCCAAGGGGGCCUGUAUGAAGCCAUUGCAGGGCACUGGAUACGGGUCCUGCGGUGCCGGCAGCACUGUGUGGCGGACACGGCCACCCGUCCUGGUCGCAGCUUCCCUGUCCCCGACUUCCUCCCCAGCCAGCUGAGACGGCUACAUGAGGCCUAUGCUCAGGGGCCUGUGGGGACCCAUUGUUUCAGAAUGGUGUCCUUUGGCACCGUUGUGCAAAGCUCGGGAGAUGGCUUGCUUCAGCCCUUGUUGCUUCUCGCCUUCCUUUGUUUCCUCCCCUCUUCCUCUUCCUUGAGCCCUGCCACUGAAGUGGGGAAUGUGUCUCAGGCGAUGGAAAAUGUCCUCAGUGUCCUACUCUUCUACCCUGAGGAUGAGGCUGCCAAAAAGGCUCUGAACCAGUACCAGACUCGGCUGGGAGAGCCGAGACCCAGCCUGGGACCACGAGAGGACAUCCGGCGCUUCAUCCUUCGUUCUCUUGGGGAGAAGAGACAGCUCUAUUACGCCAUGGAGCACCUGGGCGCCAGCUUCAAGGACCCGGAUUCUUGGACCCCAGAAUCUUUCAUCCCUAAGGCACUGAGAGAGAAGCUCAGAGAGGAUCAAGAGAAGAGGCCGUGGGACCAGGAGCCCCCACAGACAAAGCCCUUGACCUACUGGAAGGAUGUCCUUCUCCUGGAAGGUGUGACCCUCACCCAGGAUGCCCAGCAGCUGAAUGGGUCCGAGCGAGCCGUGUUGGAUGGGCUGCUAACUCCAGCCGAGUGUGGGGCUCUACUGCAGCUGGCCAAGGAUGCCGCCGAGGCUGGGGCCAGGUCCGGCUACCGUGGCCGCCGUUCCCCUCAUAGUCCUCACGAACGCUUUGAGGGGCUCACGGUGCUCAAGGCUGCUCAGCUGGCCCGCGCUGGGACUGUGGGCAGGGCAGGUGCUAAGCUGCUUCUGGAGGUGAGUGAGCGAGUCCGGACCCUGACCCAGGCCUACUUCUCCCCGGAACGGCCACUGCAUCUUUCCUUCAGCCACCUGGUGUGCCGGAGUGCCAUAGAAGGUGAGCAGGAGCAGCGCAUGGACUUGAGUCACCCGGUACACGCAGACAACUGUAUCCUGGACCCUGACACUGGUGAAUGCUGGAGAGAGCCCCCAGCCUACACCUAUCGAGACUAUAGUGGACUCCUCUACCUCAAUGAUGACUUCAAGGGAGGGGACCUGUUCUUCACGCAGCCCAACGCCCUCACUGUCACGGCUCAGGUGCGUCCUCGAUGUGGGCGCCUCGUGGCCUUCAGCUCCGGCGGUGAGAAUCCGCACGGUGUGUGGGCUGUGACACAGGGACGGCGUUGUGCCCUGGCACUGUGGCACACGUGGGCAGCCGAGCACCGGGAGCAGGAGUGGACGGAAGCCAAAGAGCUGCUGCAGGAGGAAGAGGAGGAGGAGGAAGAGGAGGAAGAGGAAGAAAUUCUCAGCAGAGACCCUUCCCCAGAACCCCCAAGUCACAAGCUUCAGAGGGUCCAGGACAAAGCUGGGAAGCCGCUCCGGGUCCGAGAGGAACUAUGAAUGCCUGAGCCAGCUUUUUAGGGAUAUGGCCACUCAGCUUCUAAAGGAACCAAUGAGGAGGCCCUGUGUGCCAUCAGGAGCAGAGUGGCAUGCCCUGACUCUUCGGUCUACCAUCUUGGGGACCUACAAGGACCACCAAAGCCCUGGACUCACCAGCUUCCUACACAGACUUAGGCUAGGGCCCAUCAGGUGUGGGAGCCAGGUCUGGCCCCAGCGGAGGGACAAUGGUCGCCAUGCCUCCCUGAAAGGCCAACUGCUUCUAAUAAGGAAGACUCAGAGGAGACUGUCCCACCCUCUCCCAACCUAUGCAAUAAAGAAUGUGACACU